UAAUAAUAAUAAUUUAGCCCCGUAUAAAGCAGAGACAGCCAGCUAGAAAAAAGCAAAAAUGGCGAAUAUUAGUGUUAUUGUUACACCUCAGUAUUAGCAUUCAAGCAAGCAAGCAAGCUUCCUUCACAGCCCCACCUUUAGUUGGUGAUGGCGCUGUCGUUCUCGGUGGCGAAUGUGAUGGAAGAUGUUCUUCAACAACAUGAUAAUCGAUCUAGAGAACUGGAUUUGGAUUCUCGUAGAGCAGAGGAAGCUGCAACAAGAAGAUAUGAAGCCACUGUUUGGAUUAGAAAAAUGAUUGGAGUUGUUGGGGCUAGAGAUUUGCCUGCAGAGCCUUCUGAGGAAGAAUUUAGGCUUGCUUUAAGAAGUGGGCAGGUUCUAUGCUAUGUGAUCAAUAAGGUCGAGCCAGGAGCUGUGACUAAGGUAGUUGAAGGUCCGUGUGAUUCGGCAUCUGUGCCUGAUGGAGCAGCUUUAUCUAUAUAUCAAUGUUUCGAAAACGUUAGGAACUUUCUGGUUGCUGUAGAACAAAUGGGACUGCCUACCUUUGAGGCAUCUGAUUUGGAACAAGGAGGCAAGUCGUCUAGAAUUGUGAAUUGUGUUCUAGCGCUCAAAUCCUUCCAUGAGUGGAAACAAACAGGUGCGAACGGGGUGUGGAAAUUUGGUGGAAAUGUGAAACCAGUCGCGCCUAGCAAGAACUUUAUACGCAAGAACUCAGAACCGUUCAAGAAUUCGUUGUCAAGGAAUAUUUCAAUGAAUGAAACAUCCAUGAAUGCUCAGUUAGUUGAAACUGAAAAUAGCAAAAUGCCUAAUUCAUCGUUAAAUAUGCUUGUCCGUGCAGUUCUAAUGGAUAAGAAACCAGACGAGGUUCCCGUUCUUGUAGAAUCUGUGCUAAGUAAGGUCAUGGAAGAAUUUGAGAAUCGAAUUGCUAAUCAAUUCGAAUUGAAAAACACAUCCGCUAAAGACGCCCCUACCGGAAACAAGACUUUUUUAAAACCCACUUCUGAUGAAAUAAAGGUGGAAGACAAAAAACGCGCGGUUGUAAAGAAAAAUCAGAACUUUCAUGAGAACUCCAUUCCUGAUGAAGAAAAGAAAAGAAGACAACAGAAAUAUCAAAUGCUUUUUGAUAUACAAGAAAAAGAUAUCAAAGAUUUGAAACAAACUCUCUCAGUCAUAAAAUCCGGUAUGCAGUUCAUGCAAAUGAAAUUCCAUGAUGAGAUUCAGAACUUUGGUAUGCAUGUUCAUGGUUUAGCUAAUGCUGCUUCUGGAUAUCAUAGAGUUCUAGAGGAAAAUCGAAAGCUAUAUAAUCAGGUCCAAGAUCUUAAAGGAAAUAUAAGAGUCUACUGUCGGGUGCGACCCGGAAAGUUGAAUUUGCAGAGUGUUGUUGAUAACAUAGAAGAAGGAACAAUUACCAUAAAUACCCCUGCCAAAUACGGAAAAGGAUGUAGAUCAUUUAACUUCAACAAAGUGUUUGGGCCUUCGGCAACCCAAGCUGAGGUUUUUGCAGAUACUAGGCCCCUCAUUCGCUCUGUUCUUGAUGGUUACAAUGUUUGUAUCUUUGCUUAUGGUCAAACUGGAUCAGGAAAAACACAUACAAUGACUGGACCAAAAGAUCUUACAGAGGACAGUCAAGGAGUUAAUUAUAGGGCGUUGAGCGAUUUGUUUUUUCUCGCGGAACAGAGGAAGGAUACCUUUGAAUAUAACGUGUCUGUUCAAAUGAUCGAGAUUUAUGACGAACAAGUUCGGGAUCUGCUUGCUACUGAGGGCUUAAACAAAAGAUUAGAAAUUCGCAACAAUUCACAGAACGGAUUCAACGUCCCAGAUGCUAGCCUGGUCCAGGUGGCGUCAAUGUAUGAUGUUAUCGAGCUGAUGAACCUAGGCCAAAGAAACCGUGCCGUUGGUGCAACUGCUCUCAAUGACCGCAGUAGUCGCUCCCACAGUUGCUUGACUGUACAUGUCCAAGGGAAAGAUCUAACAUCCGGAAAUGUUCUUCGUGGUUGUAUGCAUUUGGUUGAUCUAGCUGGCAGUGAACGCGUUGACAAAUCUGAGGUGGCUGGAGACAGAUUAAAAGAGGCACAACAUAUUAACAAAUCUUUAUCAGCGUUGGGCGAUGUGAUUUCAUCUCUUGCUCAAAAGAACUCACAUGUGCCUUACAGAAACAGCAAACUCACACAAUUACUUCAAGAUUCACUUGGAGGGCAAGCAAAGACACUGAUGUUUGUUCAUAUAAGCCCGGAAGUUAACGCUGUCGGUGAAACACUUAGCACACUUAAGUUUGCUGAACGGGUUGCAACGGUUGAACUUGGUGCGGCCCAAGUACAUAAAGAUAGUUCGGACGUGAAAGACCUUAAAGAACAGAUUGCCAAUCUUAAGGCGGCUCUUGCAAAGAAAGAAGGGGAUCAGGAAAACGUGCAACACAAGGUAUCUGGAAGUCCAGGUGGCAAACUGUCAUCCCGUUCCCCUCCUAUCUUACAACAGAUAGAUUCAUACCAUGAGCCAAAGAAUCGUAGGAAGCCGAGGCCGGAAGUAAGCAAUGCUGAGAGUGGUAAGAAAUCUAGGAUAAGGCAGAAAACACAAAGCUUUGAUUUAGACGAACUACUAGCGAAUUCACCACCGUGGCCUCCGGUAAGCGGUGCAGGAGAAGCGUAUCUAGAAGAUGACAGAGACACAGGCUCUGCUGACUGGGUUGAUAAGGUCAUGGUAAACAAACAAGACGCAGCCCGAUGUUGGGAAACAGAAAAUGCUGGAAAUUCUGAUGCAUUUUACCAAAAAUACGUUCCGGAUUCUUCCAAAUUAUACUCGGAACAAUCUUAUACAGUGUUUGAAGGUGGAAGUGGGUUCGAGAUUGUGACUACUGAUGGUGUGGAUGAACUUGAUGCCGCUACCAGUGACUCAUCUGAGCCUGAUCUGCUUUGGCAAUUCAAUCAUUCUAAACUUCCGACAAUGUCCAGACUUAAUAAUAAUUCUACUGGAAAACCGACAAAAAGCCCGGAUUUGAGGUCAAUGAUUCCAAGAUUUUUGCCUUCACCUUCACGGAAAGCAACCAAUGUCGGUAGCCACUCUCAGCCGCCAGUGCGCGGUGGAAGACAGGUAACCGGUGGUGAAAUGAAGAAGAAAACUGGGAACAGGAAGCAGUGAAGUGUAACAUGACAUGAUUUUUUUUUUUUUUUUUUUUUUCACAUAGAUAGUGAGUGAGAGUGAUGAGAGGGAUUACAUAUAUUUUUAUUAUUUUCCCUAUUUUGUUGGGUUUCAUGAACUGUGAAAUAGUUGUUGUAACUUGUAAAUUCCGCAACAAUACCAGUUGUGUGUAUCUGUUUGCUACGAAGGUUCUUUUGACCAACAAAAUAAUGCAUGACACUCUUUGUUUGCACA